CGUCACGCUCGGAAUUCCGCAUUUCAGAUACUUUUAUCUGCACUAUCUCGAAUAUAAAGAUGAUCGCAUUUAAGCUCCACGUCUCGUGGGAGCUUCACUCGAGCUUUGGCCCCACACGAAUGAGCAGCGCCCACAGAGGGGCGAAGCAAGCAUUUACUAUGAGUUCGCAUAAACAAUCUGAAACGAGCUCCGAUUUUUUCAUAAAGAGAGUCGCAUAGUCACACAUAUUUUGUCAAUGCGCUCGGUUAUCGUAUAUGUGAUUCGCUUUGUCAUGAAUGGGUACUUGGCCGCCUGCGUUUGGGGCCACGCCAUAUAGACAAGAUCACCACCACAAGAUCCAUGAUCAAAAGUUGUUUUUGUUGAUGGCGAUGAUGAGAUGUUGAUCGCCAUCAUUGAAACAGACACGAACUCGGUGGGACUCUCCACUCGGAUGUAUCCAAAUUGGGGGCAAGACGCCUCUUAUUUUCCAACGUGAACCAGCGUUCAGUCGAGGAUCAGUGCUCGCGGCUUUUAGGUUAAACGAUAGACCUAAUUACGAUCGACCUCAAAGGCAAUCCCAAUCGUUCUCAGCAACUACCCUUAAUCUGCAAGUGCACUAUUGUCGUUCUUCUGCACUCCUAGAUUCGCACAGUCGCUAGAUCCGCUCAUGACUUAUAAAUAAUAAAAAAACUUUUUAUUAUUUAAUUUGGUCAUUAUCCGAAAGUUCCCUGAUUUAUCUUGUAUCUCUGAGCUCCGAUCAGAGCUCUGAUCAUCGAACUUUCAUUACAGAUUUUAUUCAGAAAACCCCGAAUUCCCGUUGGAGAUUUCAAUCUAUUCAAUCUUUUUCCGUAGAUAUUUUGGGAGCUCACGAGUUUAAUCUUUUUGGUGUAGUUUUUUUAUUUGUCGAGAAGAUUUUAUAUUUAAAUUUGAAUCAGUUGGACCUUGUUGGUGAGUUUUAAUUCAAGCGGUGGAGAAAAGUUGAAGGCGAAGAAGUGACGAGCGGAGAAAAAAAGCAAAGAAAAGUGUUUUGUGUGUGAUGAAAAUAUCUAUGAAACGCCGUGUUAUUUUUAGAUAAAAAUUUUGUUUUAAUUUCGUGUGAAGAAGAUAUUCAUUUUUAGCGUCUUUCUGGUGAGCGAAAGCGUUUCUUGCUUGUGUGUAUUUGCAGCGACGACGACGCGAUCUUUUUCAUUUUCACGCAGCGAUCAAGCAAUUCGGUGUGUUCCACUAAUCGUGCGCUUAACUGUACAGUGUGAGAAAUCUUAAUAUAUUUUUAAGUUAUGACACAUGUCGUUGGCGUGAAGAAAGAAGGAAAAAAUUCGCUGGCGAAAAGUGAGUGCACAUAAUCCGAAUUGAAAGUGGGAAGCGGUCGAAUUUGAAGCCAAGGUUUCCGCCGUUCUAACACUGGCUUAAACUGAUCGUGAAGCUUUGCGGAAACCGCGUGAAUCCGUGGAUUGCUACGAACCUUGCUUGCAGAGGUGCACAUUUGAGUAACGCAGGGAUCCUACUGCACCCCCACCCCUCCCCAAAACGAACGAAGAACAAGCGACCGAUCGACCAGCGUUCGCCAGACGAUCGCUGUUAAGGUCUCCGCCGACCUGUGGAGCCGAUCGAUAAACUCAGCAUUGAAACUGAUAAAAUAUUGAAUCAAUACUCGAUAGUAUUAUAUCUAAUAUACCCAGAAGCUAUCUGUGCGUCACUAAUCUUCCCAAGGCGGAAAGAAAACGUGAGUUUGGACUCUCUUGGUUGAACCUCUCUCCGCAAAGGUGGGCCGCGAUCGUCGAUAGUGGGAGUCGUAGGUGAUCGUACCGGGACUGGAAAUUCGAAUUUGCGCGCGAGUUGGAGGAAAAAAAAGUUCGUUUCGGACGACUAGUGUGCAAUUUUCUCAUAUUUGGAUUUUGUGGUGUGUGACGAAUUAAGAAAGAUAGAUUCUGUCUGACAGUUGGAUAUUCCUUGUCAAUGAAAAUAACGAUCCAAGGCUGUUGGCAAUAUGAUUGCAUUGACUGAACAUAAAAGUUAAUAUCCAUAAGAUACAUGUACCGUUUAUAUUAAAUUUAUUUAUUGUGGAGUAAGGUCAACACGAAUAUAGUAUAGUUUAGUGUGUGUCGAAAACCAACAACAAAACAAACAAGGCAAAUAUGGGGAAGGACUACUAUAAGAUUUUGGGGAUUCCCCGAUCAGCAACAGAUGAUGAAAUCAAAAAAGCAUACAGAAAACUAGCAUUAAGGUAUCACCCGGACAAAAACAAAUCGCCAAAUGCCGAAGAGAAAUUCAAAGAGGUUGCAGAGGCUUAUGAAGUUCUAUCUGAUAAAAGCAAACGUGAUUUAUAUGAUAAAUAUGGAGAAGAAGGACUGAAAGGAGGUGUACGAAAUGGUGGUGGCAAUAGUCAAGGUUUCACAUACACUUUCCACGGCGAUCCACGUGCUACGUUCGCUCAAUUCUUCGGUUCCAGCAAUCCUUUUGCCUCAUUUUUCGACAUGUCCGACAAUCUAUUCAAUAACAAUGUUUUCGAUUUGGAUACCGAGCACGAUUUCUUUUCCUCACCCUUCGGUGGUCUAGGAUCAAGACAUGGUCUUGGAGGUGCCUUCAGAUCUCAUUCAUUUAAUGUUCAUACACCAUUGAAAAAGGAAAAACAACAAGACCCGCCCAUUGAACAUGACCUCUAUGUAUCUCUCGAAGAAAUCUAUAAUGGCUGUGUUAAGAAAAUGAAAAUUUCACGAAGAGUUUUACAACCAGAUGGCACACCGAAAAAGGAAGAUAAAUAUGUUAGUAUAUCGAUAAAACCUGGUUGGAAAUCGGGCACAAAAGUCACAUUUCAAAAGGAGGGCGAUCAAACCCGCGGUAAAAUUCCUGCCGAUAUAGUUUUUAUAAUACGAGAUAAGCCACAUCCUUUAUUUAAGCGAGAGGGUAGCGAUUUACGAUAUACGGCACGAUUAACAUUGAAACAAUCCCUUUGUGGUGUUGUUUUCGAAGUUCCUACCAUGUCCGGUGACAAAUUGCGCAUUAGUACAAUGCAAGAAAUUAUAAAACCAAAUACGGUAAAACGAAUUCAAGGAUACGGUUUACCCUUCCCCAAGGACACAACCCGAAAAGGCGAUUUACUAGUGGCAUUCGAUAUACAAUUCCCUGAAAAGUUGACGCCUACACAAAAAGAACUCCUACGCGAUAUGUUGCCAUGAAAUUAAACUAAAAUAAAAAAAAAGAAAAGUUUAUAUAAUAUAAAAUCUAGAAAUAUAUUUUUGCAUCUUUUAUUUUGUUAACAAACUCUUUGUCUCUCUUGCGCUCUUUCUGAAAAUUUUUGAGACUUUUCGGUUAAAUUAAUUUCAUAUUUGUAAUAUUUAGUUUUGGAGCGAUCCACGACUACGAACAAAUUAUGUAAUUACGUGAAAUAGUGGAGAAUUGAAGAGAAAUAUGCUUUGUUGAAGUCCUUGUGAACUGAUGAGGAAAUAGGUCUAUUUUUUAUCUUAUUUUUAGUUUGAUCUUCAUUAAAUUUUUUGAUUUUAUUUCUUAUUUGAUUUAUUUUAUUUUAUUAUUUUAUUUUUCUUUCGUUCAUUUUUCAUUGUAUUUUGUCUGACUUUCGAACAUAAUUUAAACAAAUUGUUUAUUUUUAAAAAGAGUAUUUGGCUUAAUUUAAAUUUUAAUAUUUUUGAUAUUAUUCAAGAUAUAAGAGUCACAAAUAAUAAAUCAACGACCAAAAAUUGUCAAAUUUAAUUGUCCCUUUUAGAGUUCAACCAUCCAAGGAUUUCAAUAAAAGCAAACUUGAAUAAACAUUGUAAAACCAUUAACACACAAAGAAAAUUCGGUAUACAAAGUACUAACAAAAGAAAUAAACCAACACACUCUUAGGCUGCAUUGUUCAGCGGAUACAUUUCUAGAGAACUAAGUGAGCAAAAGAUCGAUCUAAUGACUCUAUCAUCGCUACUACAUCUAAUAAUUUAAAUUAAAAAUAAAAAAUACUUUGUGAUUACUUAUUUAAUCUCUAGUCUAGUCUAAUAUUAAAUAAUCAUAAAAGAAGAGGAGCAAAGUAAUCAUUGAUGAUGACUAAGUCAAAAAAGAUUAUGUAAUUUAUUCUACAGAAGAAGAUAAAAGAAAAAUCAUUCAAAAAGUGAAGCAAUGCAGUUACUUAAAUUAAUAAAUACAAUUUCAGAUGUAGUUUUCGAAUUUCGAUAUCAGUAGUGUUUGAAUAAGAAAUGAAUGACCGUUUUUUUUUUGAAAGAAUAUUGACUUUUUCUGGUUUAAGAAUUUACUCUUGUUGACUGUCAUAUGUUCCUAAGUAACAAAAUUGGUUUUUCAUUAUUUUAAGGAUUUAUAAAAGAUUGAUUUCCUUGAAAAAUGGAUUUAAAAAUUUUGUUAUUUAGAGCAGAACUGUCAAAUUACAAUUUAAAGAAGAAAAAAAUUGAAACAUACUCAAACACAAACAAACAGUUCGCAGUUGUAAAGUCAAAUCAAAUUGAUAAUAAAAUUAAUAAUUUAUUUUUAUAUUUAAAAAGUGACGAAAAAUAAAAAAAAGAAGUA